UGUGCGGGAGCAGUCUAUUGUUAUUGUUUAUUAUUGUUAUUGUUUCAUAUGAAUAAUAAUGUGCUGCAUAUAGAUGUGUGGCUGUGAUCCAUUCACAUGGCAGAUAAAUUAAUUCCUUGUGGAAUAAAAAUACCCACUGAAAUAUUCACACGAAAGAGUGGAAUACUUUCACAAAAGAAAGCAGAAGCUGUAGUCAGUUUUAGGCAGCCCAUUAAGGAAUAGUGUAGUUUUUGUUUCAUUUAGAAUAUCACUCUUGAGGUCAAUACGAUUGUUCCCAUUGUUAUUUUCUACAUUUUUCUGUCAGUUGUCCAAAGGGUUAGGGAAAUGAAUUACGGUAAUGGCAAGCGCAGUGAACCAUACAAAAGUUGAAAACAAUAUCAGCUGCGUGGAUCUGUCAGUUGAAAAUGUGCUGUGCUGGCCUUUGUUUAUGGUUACUGGAAGGAGAGCAGGCGGCAAAAAAAAAAACACAAAAACUUGAGGGUAUUUAAAUUCAUUGCGCAGGAAACUAGGUUAGAAAAAAAAAUGUUGGUUUUCACACAGACCUAUUUUCUUAAGUUAUCCUUUAGAGUGAAGAGGUAGGGGGAAGUUGUCUAGUUUUCCACCCAAGCACCUCAAUACAUGUACCCCCUUUUUUUAGAGAGAGGAGAAAAAAAUAAACAAAGUUGUAUAAAGGAGAGGCUGGUGGCAGAGUGUAGAGGAGUAGCAUAUGGCUGUAAAAGGAGCACAGCUGGAGGUAGCAUUUCCAUCUGAACAUGAUGUCAGAGCAGCUGACAGGCUGCCAUCCCCCAGUCUUUUAUUCUAAUGCACAGACUGGGAGUUAGUGUGUGUGCGGAUCUGUGUUCAGGAGGAGGUAUCUCAUUCCCCUCCAACAUCUCCUCCGCUUUGCAUCUGUCUUCCACAGUUUGCAUUUUUUUUUCUCCUACCCCCUCAUUGAUUCUGCAAAAAAGCUGCAGCCGGCCCAGCUUUUCUACUACAGUGGACUUAAUCAAGUUGAUGCAUACUGCAGGUUAUGAAGACAUCAUGGAGUUCCCAGACCACAGCAGACAUUUGCUACAGUGUCUGAGUGAGCAGAGGCAUCAGGGUUUCCUUUGUGAUUCCACUGUGCUGGUCGGCGAUGCCCAGUUCCGGGCCCAUCGAGCAGUGCUGGCUUCAUGCAGCAUGUACUUCCAUCUCUUUUACAAGGACCAGCUGGACAAAAGGGACAUUGUUCAUCUGAACAGCGACAUUGUUACAGCCCCAGCGUUCGCUCUCCUGCUGGAGUUCAUGUACGAGGGGAAGCUCCAGUUCAAAGCCCUGCCCGUGGAAGAUGUGCUGGCUGCUGCCAGCUUCCUCCACAUGUACCACAUUGUCAAGGUCUGCAAGAAGAAGCUGAAGCACAAAGCCACUGCGGAGGCAGACAGCACCAAGAAGGAGGAGGAUGCUUCCAGCUGCUCUGACAAACUAGAGAGCUUCUCCGAGGGCAGCACGGGCCAACCAGCCACAGCUGACCUAUUGCCCAGUGACGAUGAGGACCUGGAGUCCAAGCAGGACCCCAGUAGCCUGUGGAUAAGGCUACCCACUGACAGGGCAGGCACCCCGGCCACUGCCACCAGCCCAGGGGAAGAUGACGCCCAUGGCAGUCCCCCCAAGCUGCAAUCCCCAACUGGCAGCCCCAGCAGCUCUAUAGGCUCCCUGUCCCGGAGGUCUGUGGGCUCCCGUGGCUCCCGCAGAGUGUCGUCGGAUGCAGACUGUGUCCUGGACUUGUCUGUGAAGUCCAGCCUGACUGGGCCCAGCGAGGCCUUGUCCAAUAACCCUUACUUCUGUGGUGUGGUGAUGCCAGAUAGCCUGCAGGGCACCCUGGUCCAGGUGAAGCAGGAGAAGAACACGGGCUCAGACCAUGAGGACCUGGUGAGUGGUGACUACGAGAUGGACCACAGCGGGCCCAAAGCCACCCCUCCCAGAACCAACGGAGGUCUGAACCACCACUUGGUCAGCAGCCAUGCUCACAGACGCCUGGAGGCCCACCUGUCAGCCCUGCGUGAUGCCACCCUGGCCAGUGAACUGGAGCGUGACGACAAGGUCAGCAAUAAUGACAUGCUGGGCGGAGAGAGUGAGAGGGCCCAGGUUGAGACGGCCAGCAUCGACAGCACCCUGCUGCCCUACGUGUCCAAUAUGCUGAACGCCCCUCACACUCAGAUCUUCAUGUGCCCGCUGUGCAACAAGGUGUUUCCCAGUCCGCACAUCCUCCAGAUCCACCUCAGCACACACUUUCGCGAGCAGGAAGGCGUGCGCGCCAAGCCCGCCAGCGACAUCAACGUGCCCACCUGCUCCAUCUGCGGCAAGACGUUCUCCUGCAUGUACACCCUGAAGCGCCACGAGCGGACUCACUCUGGAGAGAAGCCAUACACUUGCACCACGUGCGGUAAGAGCUUCCAGUACUCUCACAACCUGAGCCGGCACGCCGUGGUGCACACCCGAGAGAAGCCGCACGCCUGCAAAUGGUGCGAGCGGCGCUUCACCCAGUCUGGGGACCUGUACCGCCACAUCCGCAAGUUCCACUGCGAACUGGUCAACUCGCUCUCUGUCAAGAGUGAAGGCCUCAACCUACCCACCCUCCACAGGGACUGGGCCAUAGAGGAUAGUUCUCAAGAACUGUGGAAGUGAAGCCUGCUGAAAUAAUCAGGACUCCUUUGUUUUUAAGCUAAAUGAGAGAGGUGUCAGUGAAGGUUGGGCAGAGAGGUAAGGGAGUUGGAGCACGGGUUGUGGGUAGGAGAGGGGUCUGAUUUAGUCAUGUUUCUUGUACGUACAUUACAAAAUCUGGUUAAAUGGCACUUUAAUAGAACAUGAAGAUGUUACUACUGUUUUCAGUUCCAGUCCUUUGUUCUGUUCUAAUCUUUUAUUUGUUCAGAUUUAGUUCAAUAUAAAAAAAAACAUGGGCGCUGGAAUCAACACCCAGUGUUAUGUCAUCUUCUUGUGUAUAGAUACACUCCUUAAUCUAAGGCACACCUUCAACGACAACCAUAUGAAGUGUUCAGGUAACACACUGACGUUGAAGAUUAUUAGAAUACACUAAACGGGUACUGCUCAUCAAUUUAUACCAGUACACAUAUGUGUGUGUGUAUUAAUAUGUGUGUAUAUAGUGCACUAUAUUUUUAUUAUCAAAUUUCAUUGGUGUGUGUGUGCGUUUGCGUGUGUGUAUGUGUGUUUAAGGAAACUGGAAAGAGGUCUGCUCUAACAAGCUUCUGCUCCUUAAGCUCUUGACUGAUGAAAGACAUAUGGCACUCAUGCAAUGUACAGCUUCCUUUUUCACAUCAAUUCAAGUAUUUUCUAAAAUUCUUUAUGAAUGAUUAUUAUACAAUUUCUUAAAUCUAUCUGCUGCCUUUAAACAUCCCUUUAAUUUCAUUUGGCUGUAUCCUAUAGGUUAUGAUUAUGGAUUUAUUUUUGGAAAAUGGGAUCUGAUAUUGCAUGAAGUCCAACCUGUAUAUUUGAAAUGUGAAUUACUGUAUAACUGUACACUGUAAUUGAGCAAAUAUAGAACAGACAAUGUGAAUAUCCAAGGGUGCAGUCGGUUAAGAAACCCGGAAUAUUACAGUUAUGGAAAAUGCAUGAAUAUGAUUUAUCUUACAUUUUCUUGUUUUUUUUUUUGGGGGGGGGGGGGGUGUAUUCUAAAUUAACUUAUUUCAUUCUUAAGUAGUUUAUUUAUUUUCUUUGCUCCUUUUGAGAGUCUGCCGGGACUCCUUUGAAAUGUUCUUCUGGGCUGUGAAGAUAUUGUGUCAAUGCACUGGUCUUGGGUUUGAGUUUGUGUAACGGAAUGUGAGGUGAAGUUUGUCUUCAGACUGACAGAGGUGGCAGUGUGGGCUGAAUGCCAGUAGUGACCUAACUAAUCUACUGAAGAUCUCCUCUACUGUGUUUGCCUCCCGCCCACACAGCACUUCAUCACAGUCUACUCUGCUGCAUGGUGGUCAAGGAGUUAAGGUUCCCAACUACUGUAGCUAUAUCCAGUUAACAUUCUGCUUUGGUAUUUUCUGCUUUCUCAUCGACAUUAAGUAAGCGUUGUGGGUAAUUUAUUUAUAUUUUUAUUUGACACUUGUUUCUAACUGUGCGGCCAAUGAGAAGGUUUCGCACUGAUCUACGAGAGAGAUGCUCACCUGCUCAUACCUGAGUAAUCCUGAAGGUUCUUUGUUUCAAUAGUAAAGCCUGAGUACUCCUGAAUGUUAUUUGUUUCAAUAGUAAAGCCUGAGUACUCCUGAGGGUUAUUUGUUUCAAUAGUAAAGCCUAAGUACUCCUGAGGGUUAUUUGUUUCAAUAGUAAAGCCUGAGUACUCCUGAAGGUUAUUUAUUUCAACAGUAAAGCCUGAGUACUCCUGAAGGUUAUUUGUUUCAAUAGUAAAGCCUGAGUACUUCUGAAGGUUAUUUAUUUCAACAGCAAAGCCUGAGUACUCCUGAAUGUUAUUUGUUUCAACAGCAAAGCCUGAGUACUUCUGAAGGUUAUUUGUUUCAACAGUAAAGCCUGAGUACUCCUGAAGGUUAUUUGUUUCAACAGUAAAGCCUGAGUACUCCUGAAGGUUCUUUCUGUUUCAACAGUAAAGCCUGAGUACUCCUGAAGUUUUUUUCUGUUUCAACAGCAAAGCCUGAGUACUCCUGAAGGUUCUUUCUGUUUCAACAGUAAAGCCUGAGUACUCCUGAAGGUUAUUUCUGUUUCAACAGCAAAGCCUGAGUACUCCUGAAGGUUAUUUGUUUCAACAGUAAAGCCUGAGUACUCCUGAAGGUUCUUUCUGUUUCAACAGUAAAGCCUGAGUACUCCUGAAGGUUAUUUCUGUUUCAACAGUAAAGCCUGAGUACUCCUGAAGGUUAUUUAUGUUUCAACAGUAAAGCCUGAGUACUCCUGAAGGUUCUUUCUGUUUUAAAUGGUAAAAGCUGAAGAAUCAGAGAGCAGCACUACACGCUCCUAAUUUGAAUGUCUGUGUGUAUCUGUUUGAGUGCUCCUAUGUACGUACUGUAUGUAUGUACAUGUGCGUGUUUUGUACUGAAAGCGUAAUCCUUACUUUUGAAGGGAGAGAAUUGGCAUACUUGAUUGCACCAUUAAAGGUUAUUUAACUGAGAUUUAUUGCUGAAAAUAUGCCUUUAUGAAAAUUACAGUUAUAAAUUAUAGAUUCACGAAAUCAUGGAUACUAUUACAUUCAAGAGGAGAUGUAUUUAAUCGUGAAAUGAUUGAGUUAACCUUAAUAUUAUAAUAUCUCAUUUUUCUUUAUUUCAAUAUUUUAUUUAGGAUUUUUCACAUUUUUAGGAAUGUGAACAUUCUGAGAAAAAAAUCUGCACUCAAAAAAUGUUUGUGCACAAAAAUCAUGGAAUCAAUCAAUCGAACAAAAGCAAAAGUUGAACUCUACACAAACUCAGUUGUUAUUAGUAUGGUUAUGAAUGUCUGCACAUUGGCAUGUCUGGCAUGUCCACACUGGUCCGGGGGUUUGGUUUGCUCUUCAGUGGACGUGGUGGUGGCAGCAUCAGCUGGUGACAUGGGUGCUCCUUGCCAACUGCACACACUCAUGGCAUUUUGCACAGUGGUAAUUGAUCUCUUUGCAUCCAUGGAAAAUAUAUCAUAUGUGAGUUACCUCUCUGUUUGAAGACUUAUUUACAAUUAUUGCUGACUUCUUAUUGUACUUGACCGCCUUAAACUACUGUAAACAGCUUGGUUUAUUUUCACGUUAUCACUGGAACACUGAAAGUGUGUGUAACUGGACUGUUUAUUGACCUUUUUGAAACGGAAAGGAAGCUGUGAAAUGAUCCAAUAAGCAUCUCCGUUUACAUCAAUCCAACUUUGGUUACUUGAAAACAGGAAAGGGCCAAUGGGGGAAAAAACGUUCAAAUGUAGACUACAAUGAAGAGAGGGGAGGGGGGAAAUAGAAAGAAAUUGGUUGAAAAGGACAAUCACUGUCUGAAAAAUAAGCAGAUUUUGAUUCAAAUAUAUUUGCUUCCCUGUGAGAUUUGGUUUAUUUUUCUGGAUUUAAGCAUUUAGCUUUGACAAUCAAAGUAUGUUUUGUUUUUUUCUCAAGGGGAGUAAAUUCUAAGGCUGUUUAGUUUUGUACUUUUUUGGUGUGCUGUUGUUGAAAUUUUUAAAUUGUGUGCAAACUGCAAUAAAUUAUAAGAACCUUAAAACUCAA